AUGUCUCUGUCUGGUAUCCUCUCUACGCUCGACUUAGGGCUCUAUAAAUACCCCACAUUCACUUCAGGAGAUCUGAGCUCUAAGAAAGCGGUAGUCUUUAUUGGAGGUCUAACGAAUGGUCUUGGCGCAGUGCCAUUCAGCUACCCUCUAUCCGAGUCUUUGGGAAAGGUGGGAUGGCAGCUUGUACAGUUUCACUGGAGCUCGGCAUACGGCGGUUACGGUACAGGUAGCUUGGACAGAGAUAGAAAGGAGAUGGAAGCAUUGGUGAAACAUCUUCGUGGAACCGGGAUUCGAACCAUAGUCAUUGCCGGACAUUCCACCGGAUCACAGAACAUAAUGCAUUACGUCUCGAAUCCGAUCUUCCAGACCCCUACAGCCGAGACAGAUGUAAUCAAAGUUGAUGGAGGCAUUAUGCAGGCUCCCGUAUCCGAUAGAGAAUUCAUGAAAUCGUUCAAGAUGAAAGAAUGGUUUGACGUUCUACCCCUCGCUGAGCAGAUGAUCAAGGAUGGAAAGGGAGAAGAGUUGAUGCCAAAGGAGUUCUGUGACAAAGCUGGAUUCGAUGGCGUCUCUUUACCAAUCAAUGCUUGUAGAUUACGCAGCUUGAUAGGAACUGGAGGUGACGACGAGUAUUUCUCGGAUGAUAUACCUGCAGAGCCUGAAAGCACUUACGCUCAUUCCUUAUCGGAUUCCUUUGGUUCACUGUCUGCUCCUACUCUAGCUCUGUAUGCGGAAGAAGACAUCAAAUAUCAAGAGGGAGAUGUCAUUGAAAAGAUCAAACGGUGGGAAGAAGCUAGCAAAGGGAAAUUGCAAUGGAGGCUUUUGAAAAAUGCUUCGCACGAUGUGGCUCAGCCCGAGGCACAGAAGUACCUGUGUGAGGAAGUGAUUGGCUGGUUGAAACAGUUCGACUAG